UGAUUUUCAAUACUCAAUCCAACCAUGCCAUCCGACGCAUCGCCGUCUCUCGCUUCUUCUUCUUCCACUGCGGCUGUCGUCGUCGGCGUCGUUGUGACUGGCGAUCGCGUGCUUCUGAGCUCGGCCGCUGAGCCAGUCCGCGCGGCCAUCGUUGUCGACGUCGCGAGCGGCACCGUUGCCCGCAUCCACACGGACGACGCAGCCAUCGACGCAGCAGUCCAGCAAGCCACUCAGGUUAUUGAAGGUGGCAGCAAUCUGAUCUUGCCGGGCGUCGUCGACUGUCAUGUCCACAUCAACGAGCCAGGCCGCACCGAUUGGGAAGGGUUUGACACUGCUACCCGCGCUGCUGCCGCUGGCGGUGUGACGACCGUUGUCGACAUGCCUCUCAACUCAAUCCCGCCGACCACCACCGUGGACAACUUGAACAUCAAGACGACGGCCGCUCAGCCCCAGUGCUGGGUGGAUGUUGGCUUCUGGGGUGGCGUUGUCCCCGGCAAUGCUCCAUCUUUGCAACCCCUGCUCCAAGCUGGCGUCAGGGGCUUCAAGUGCUUCUUGAUCAACAGCGGCGUGGAAGAGUUCCCUCACGUUACUCGAAUGGACUUGGACAGCGCGAUGGCGGCUCUGCAAGGCACCGGCGGUGUUUUGCUCUUCCACGCCGAGGUUGAGCCUUGCAACUCUGUCUUGAACGGCCAGAACAGCAGCGGCACGCAUCAACAUGACGUGACCAAGUACGACACCUUCCUGAAUUCCCGCCCCAAGGCGAUGGAGAACGAGGCCAUCGAGUUGGUCAUUUCUCUCUGCCGCCAGUACCGCGUUCGUUGCCACAUUGUGCAUCUCAGCUCAGCCGAGGCUCUUCCUGCCAUUGCGAGUGCCAAGGCUGAAAACUUGCCACUCACGGUGGAAACGUGCCACCAUUAUCUCUUCCACAAGGCCGAGUCCAUCCCGGACAAGGCGACGCACUUCAAGUGCUGCCCGCCGAUUCGCGACUCGGCCAACCGCGAGCGACUCUGGGAUGCGGUUCGCGACGGGACCAUUGACAUUGUCGUGUCCGACCACUCGCCGUGCACGCCAAACCUCAAGCUCCUCGAAAACGGCGACUUUAUGCAAGCCUGGGGCGGCAUCUCGUCGCUGCAGUUUGGUCUGUCCAUCAUGUGGACCGAGGCUUUCAACCACGGCUUGACUCUGCGCCAGAUUGUCGGUCUGAUGUGCGAGCGCACCGCGCAGCUGGCGUCCCUGGCUCACCGUAAAGGGCGAAUUCAAGAGGGCUACGAUGCCGACUUUGUCAUCUGGGAUGAUACUGCCGAGCUGAAGAUCACCACCGAUAUGAUCCAGCACAAGAACAAGGUCACGCCUUACGCCGAUCUGACGCUGCGAGGUGUCGCGUGCAAGACGAUCGUGCGCGGCCAGGUGGUGUACGAGCAUGCUGCUGGCACGACUCCGUUUGCCAACACCAAGCCCGUUGGCAAGCUGCUUCUCGAGCCGCUUUCCCGCCUGUCUGAAAAGCGCAUUGCCGACGAGUCCAGCGAGGGCGAUGCCAAGCGCGUUUGCUAAGAAGAUGUCGUUUUCUUCUCCAUCCAACGAUUUUCGUUUCGAUUUCCCGCUUUUUCCCCUUUGUUGUCUGAACUUGUGCCAAUGCAAUAUGAUUUUGUC